AUGCAUGGAAUCGCAGUAAAAAUUCCGUUGCAAACACUAGAAGGAAGUGGAGUUGGUAUUGAAAAGGGGUUGAGCUUUUCCUCUCCAGGAUUCUCGAUAGCGAGGCGGAACGAUGUAUCCGUCCCUUCAUGCUUACCUCCAGAAUCUAUAUCUCCAAUCCUCUCGGCCGAGAAGCCGGCCAAGAAAUCGGAUGCGGAUUAA